AUGAUCAAGCCGCCAGGAUGGGGAGCGUCACGCGAGAGCAAAGGGGAAACUUGUAAAGCGGGACAAGAACGCUGGGAGGCCCAGUGGCAGGAGUUCCUGAGGACGCUCGAUCCAGGAAGGGGAGGAAAACCCGUGAUGAUGUCAGAGGCCUCCUCCUGGGAAGACCCCAAGGCCUUCCUGGCUUCCUUUGAGCAGGUGGCCACUGCCUGUCGGUGGCCCAGUGGAGAAUGGACGGCCCGUCUCCGGCCAGCUCUGAGCGGAGGGGUGGAAGAGGCCUUCCGGAGCCUGGAUGCCAAAGACCAAGGGGAUUAUGGGAAGGUCAAGGCCGCCAUCUUGCAAGGGGAAGCCCUGAAAAUGGAGAUGCAACGCCAGCACUUCCGCCAGUUCUGCUGCCAGGAGGUGGGAGACCCCAGGAGGCUUUACGGCCAGCUCCAACAGCUGUGCCUCCAGUGGUUGAGGCCGGAGAGACGCAGCAAGGAGCAGAUCCUGGAGCUGUUGAUCCUGGAGCAGUUCCUGACCAGCCUCCCACCGGAGCUGCGGAGCUGGAUCCAAGCCAGGAGGCCGGAGACGUGUCCCCAGGCGGUGGCUCUGGUGGAGGACUUCCUUCGGAGCCAGGAGCAGACCAGAUCCGGAUCACGGCAGGUGAAGUUUCAAGAAUUAAUUCAGACAGACCACGAAGCGGGAACUGAGCCAGCCCUCCCAACAGACCAGCUUCAGGGUGGAAACCUAGAUUUUUCCGAUGACGUAAGAGAGUGUGAGGUUCAUGAAGAGCAUUCCUAUUAUGGACAAAAUGCAUUGGGAGAAAAAUGCAAGACAGCUCCACAUACAAGCCACAGGGAUAAAGGAAAGGUUGCAGAAACGCAGGGUGAAGGAACCGAGUCCGAAGACCAGCAGAGGACAGAAAGAGAGGAGAGACAGAAUGAAUGUACAGAAUCCAUUAUCCAAAAUAUCAAUAAAUCCAGUAAAGAAGAAACGCCUCUGUUCUCCAAAUACGGCAGAAGGUACCGCUACAGAGUAGAAUUUGACGUGAUCCAUUCCAGGGAGGACUACGAAGAAGGUCCCAAUUCAGAAGAAAAAGUCCAGCAUAAUUCCUCAAUUAGGCUACCGGAGAAUGCUGAAAUAAGUCAGAAACGUGGGAACAAAGGUCACUGUCAGGAUGAAGAACCCCACUGGUCCUCCGAAUAUGAGAAAAACAUUCAUUUUGCGGACUCGCUGAGCGGGAUUCCAGCCUGUCCAGCGGAAGGUAGGCAGUAUGAAUGCUCUCAGUGUGGGAAAUGCUUAAGUACACGAAGAAACUUGAAACUACACCAGAGAAGCCACACGGGAGAAAAGCCCUACGAAUGUUUCCAGUGUGGGAAAUGCUUCAGCCAGGCCGGGUGUUUGAAGACCCACCAAAGAUUUCAUACCGGGGAGAAGCCCUACAAAUGCGCUCAGUGCGGGAAAUAUUUCAGGCAGGCGGGAUAUCUGAAGACCCACCAGAGGUUUCACACGGGAGAGAAAAGCCACACGGGAGAAAAGCCCUACGAAUGUUUCCAGUGUGGGAAAUGCUUCAGCCAGGCCGGGUGUUUGAAGACCCACCAAAGAUUUCAUACCGGGGAGAAGCCCUACAAAUGCGCUCAGUGCGGGAAAUAUUUCAGGCAGGCGGGAUAUCUGAAGACCCACCAGAGGUUUCACACGGGAGAGAAGCCCUACAAAUGCACUCACUGCGAUAAAUACUUCAGCCAGUCAGGAUACCUGAAGACCCACCAAAGGUUUCACACCGGGGAGAAACCCUACAAAUGUUCACAGUGCGGGAAGGGCUUCAGUACGGGAAUAAACCUGAAGAGGCAUCAGAUGAUUCACACCGGAGAGAAACCCUACGAAUGCGCUCAGUGUGGGAAGUGUUUUAGGCAAGCCGGAAACCUGAAGAGCCAUCAAAGAACUCAUACGGGAGAGAAAACCUAUAAAUGUUCUUAGAAUGGGAGAUAAUUCAGUUGACAACACAGUCCAACACAGCAGUUCCUUUCGGCAGUUCCA